GGUGAGGUUUGGAACCACUAAUCUGGUUGUACACUUAUCACCAUGGUUGAGACCCGUAGUGGGCAAGACACUAGCCCCUACACCAAAGAGCAGCAAGAAAAGAUGGCCGCCUUAGUGAAAGAAAACAAGGAAAGGAAGGAGCGCGAGAAGCAGGCGAAGUUAAAGGCUAUCGCAGAGGAGCAAGCGGCCAAGAUGAAGGAAUUGGAGGAGGAGAUGGAGAAAAAGAAGAAGGCUGCUGAAGAAGAAGUGGUAGCAGAAGAAGAGAAAGAGAGAAUGCGUAUUGAGAGUAGAGAGGGGAGUAGUGGCACGAAGAGGGAUACAGACGCAGAGGUGGAGAGGAGAAUAAGUGAGUGGGUUGCUAAUUUAUCGUUGGGAGAAGAUGAGGAGGCAGAGUCCUAUGUGACUCAGGAUGAGAGAGAAGCGUUGGCCAAUGAGCUAGCAGCAAUGGAAGAUCCGAUGGAACGGCGAGAAAGGGAGGAGGAGCAGAAGUUGGCAAGGAAGUUGAGGAUGAAGAGGGAGAAGAAGCGGAGGAGAGAGAAAGUCAACAAAUUGACCGCAGAGGUGGCAAAGUUGCAGGAGUGUAGGAAGGAAGUGUUGGCCCAGCCAGAUGACAAGGCCAAAUGGGAUAAGGUAUUGGGCUACCUAGAGGUGCUGAGCACCGCAUGGAUGGAAGAGCGUCAAGCUAGUUGGAGCCAAGAGGUAGCCCUGAGUGCCAUGCGGUCAGGAUUCAGGGACUUCGCACGCGAGAUCGUCACCCACAUUGGGAGCGAAGUUAGGCAAUUGAGGGACAACGUAGGGAAGUUUUGCGAGGGCGCCAUUGAAGGUGCCAAAGCAAUAGCCGCUGUAGAGGGCGAGGUCAGACCCCGUAAAGAGCCUGUAAAGCUCAAGUUCCCAGACGUAUACGGGGGGAAGAAGGAGGCGAACUUUGACGACUGGGAGGCCAGUGUCAAUAGUUACAUAUAUCUACAACACAUCCUGUCAGAGGAACAAGUCCUCGUGGCAUUCCAGGCCCUUAAGGAUGAAGCGGCCAGUUUCGCUAGGUCCCUUGCGCGCGCAGCCGGUUGUGAAAACAACCUGGUUGCAUAUUCGAGAGUCACCCCCCUUCCUCAAUUCUUUAAGCUCCUGAAGGAGUGAUUUGCAGACCCAACGAGAGGCGUUCACGCCUCUGAUAAGCUACAAACGAUC